UGUAGACAUGGAGCUGGAGAGGAUAGCCCUGCCCCCCAGAGGUCCUUUGGAGCUGCCUCUCUCGAUUCUGGAGGUCGGAUGCGCUGGCCGCUUUGAGCUCAUCACCCAAGAGGAGAAGCCUGAUGGAGAGGGAUUUCCACUGACCACGCUGCCCCACGGAUUGCCCCCUUACGCCGAGGAGCUGGCGUCUGAACUGGAGCAGCGUUUCCUCAGCACCCCAGACUGGCUUCCCAUCCACCACUUCGAGAAGUCUCACAGGUUCUGGCCCCGUGAGAAAGACGCUGAAUCGCUUUUCGAGGUUGACAUCACCCCUGUGCAUUCAACACUUCAGGCUGACCGUAACCCUACUACAGGGGAGCUGCUGGGUUUCAGAGAGGCUCUGGUGGACAAUAUGGGCUUAUCAGCCAAAAAUUCACUUUCCUUCCAGCGGGCGCCUGGACCCCCAGCUGAAGCACUGAGAGGCAGUGCCACCAACUACCCCUACUGGCCAGGCGGGAUGGACGAGCCCAGCUUAGAGCAAAUCAAGACUCAAGGAGACCUGGAAGAGGACAUAGAUUUCCAGAAAGACUUGCUGACUGUUCCGCCUGGUUGGAAGAAGGGGGUGGAGUUCACCAAACAAGAGCUCAAGGCCUCCCCGGGCUUGCUGAACCUGACCCACCUGCUGGGGGCACUGGACACCUUUGAGCUGGGAUCCUCCAGCGACGAGGAAGACAAGGAGAAGGCGGAGGAAGCGGAGAAGAGGAAGAAGAAGGGGAAAGGGAGGGGAGGGGCUAAGGAGGAACAAAAGCCUCCCGCAGAACCGGCCCCUCUGCAGAGGGCAAGCAGCCUGGAAGAGCUGGUGUUUAAGGAGGUGACAUCUGGCCCCAAACCAGCCCCACAAGCUGCUCCGGCUCCUGCCGCCGAGCCCCUCAAGGAGCAGUGGGCCAUCCUCGUGGAUGUUAGCUCCCCUGUGGAUGACUUCUACAAGCGAAUUCCAGACCCAGCUUUCAAGUGGCCUUUUGAGCCGGAUGUUUUCCAGAAACAGGCCAUUCUGCACUUGGAGAAGCACGACUCCGUGUUCGUGGCUGCCCACACCUCAGCUGGAAAGACUGUGGUAGCCGAAUACGCCAUCGCCCUCUCGCAGAAGCACAUGACCCGCACCGUUUACACUUCCCCGAUCAAAGCUCUUUCCAACCAGAAGUUCCGGGAUUUCAAGAAUACCUUCGGGGAUGUUGGGCUCUUGACAGGGGAUGUUCAGUUGCACCCGGAAGCCUCCUGCCUCAUCAUGACCACAGAAAUCCUCCGGUCUAUGCUUUAUAAUGGAUCGGAUGUCCUCAGAGACUUGGAGUGGGUGAUCUUCGAUGAGGUGCAUUACAUUAACGACUCUGAGCGUGGCGUGGUCUGGGAAGAGGUCCUCAUCAUGCUGCCGGACCACGUGAACAUAAUCCUGCUGAGUGCCACGGUCCCCAACACCCUCGAGUUCGCCGACUGGAUCGGGAGGAUCAAGCGGAAGAAAAUCUAUGUGAUCAGCACACUGAAGCGCCCCGUCCCACUGGAACAUUACUUGUACACCGGCAACAGCCAGAAAACCCAGAAUGAGCUCUUCCUCCUAGUGGAUGCCCGUGGGAGCUUCCUUACCAAGGGGUACUAUGAUGCCAUGGAAGCCAAGAAGGAGCGGGCCAGCAAACAUUCUCAGAUGUUUGGAGCCAAGCAGCCUAUGCACCCAGGAGCUGGGCCAGGGCAGGACAAGAACAUCUGGCUCUCCCUCAUCGACAUGCUGCGUAAGAAGGACCAGCUCCCAGUGGUCGCCUUCACUUUCUCUCGCAAUCGCUGUGAUGACAACGCUUCCAUGCUCACCACCGUCGACCUGACCACGACUACGGAGAAGAGUGAGAUCCACGUCUUCUUCCAGAAAUGCAUCUCCCGCCUGAAGGGCACCGACCGCCAGUUGCCUCAGGUUGUUCACAUGGUUGACCUCUUGAAGCGCGGCAUCGGGGUGCAUCACAGCGGCAUCCUGCCCAUCCUCAAGGAAGUGGUGGAGAUGCUGUUCAGCAAAGGCCUUGUCAAGAUCCUCUUCGCCACGGAGACGUUCGCCAUGGGGGUGAAUAUGCCCGCGAGGACUGUGGUCUUUGACUCGAUCCGCAAACAUGAUGGUGCUAACUUCCGUGACCUGGUGCCAGCCGAGUACAUCCAGAUGGCAGGCAGAGCUGGGCGCAGAGGUCUCGAUACCACUGGGAUGGUGAUCAUCCUGUGCAAAAACCAAGUGCCCGAGAUGGCCGACCUUCACCGGAUGAUGUUGGGCAAACCGACACAGCUGCAGUCACAGUUCCGCCUGACGUACACCAUGAUCCUCAACCUGUUGAGGGUGGAGGCCCUUCGAGUGGAGGACAUGAUGAAGAGGAGCUUCUCCGAGUUCCAUGCCCGGAAGGACAGCAAGGUCUACGAGCACAGGAUCGGCCAGCUCAGCAGCACAUUGGCCAAAAUGGAGGCGGCCGAUACGUCAGGACAGCUCAGUGAUCUGCAGGAAUAUUACUUCAUUGUCCGAGAGCUGCGAGAGACCAGAGAACUCGUUCAAAGGCGAGUAAUGGAGUCGGUGAACGGACUGAAGGCCCUUUCUGUGGGACGGCUGAUUAUAGUGAACAACCAAGAGCACCGGAAUGCCCUGGGGGUGAUCUUGCAGGUAACUGGGGUUUCUUCCGACAUGGCCAACCGAGCCUUCAACUCUUUGGUGAUAUGCGAGAAGAGCCCCACCGAAGGAGAUUCGGCUGAAAACCAGGGGAGUGGCAUGAUCACCCCUGCAGAGGUGCCACUUCCUGAUGACCUUCUGCGCACAAGGCUCUUCCUCCCGGAGGGCCCCUGUGGACACGUCAUAAAGAAACUGGGCCCGGCCGAUAUUUCGGGCAUCACGACAAAGUCCUUGCGAGUCAACGCUGAGCGCAUCCUGGAGGAUUUCAAGAAGCGGCAGAUGCCCAGGUUCAGGAAUGACCCCCCUGGACCAUCGGCGGCCACCACGACCCAGGAGCUUCUGCGUUUGGCCGAGGGCUCCCCCGAAGGGCUCCCACUCUUGGAUCCGGUGAACGGCCUUCAGCUGAAGGACAUAGAGGUGGUGGAGGGUGUGGUGAAGACCCGUCGCUUGGAGGAGAGGCUGCCCGAGUUCCAGUGUGUGCACAGCCCCCGCUUCCCCACGGAGUAUACCCGCUUCCGAGAGCGCCAGCGGGUGCAGGAGGAGCUUGAGCAGCUGCGGUUCCUGCUGUCCGACCAGUCCUUGAUGCUGCUCCCUGAAUACCACCAGCGUGUCGAGGUCCUGCGCUCCUUGGGCUACAUCAACGAAGGAGGGGCGGUGGAGCUGAAAGGGAGCGUGGCCCGCCAGAUCAGCAACCACGAGCUGCUCCUCACCCAGCUGCUGCUGGACAACACCCUGACUGACCUGCGGCCAGAGGAGAUCGUGGCCCUGCUGAGCUGCACCGUCUGCCAGGUCCGCACCCAGGUGGAGCCGCAGCUGCCCUCCGUCCUCCAGAAGGGCAUCGAGCACAUCCGGUCGGUGGCAGAAGAGAUCGCCCUGCUGCAGCGCAAGUGUGGCUUGCAGGAGUCGGUGGAGGACUUUGUGGAGCAGUACAAGUUCGGGCUGGUGGAGGUGGUCUACGAAUGGGCCCGCGGCAUGCCGUUCGCCGAGAUUGCCCGCCUAACAGACGUGCAGGAGGGGAUCGUCGUCCGCUGCAUCCAGCGCCUGGACGAAACCUGCCGGGAGAUGCGCAAUGCAGCCCGCGUCACUGGGGAGCCCACGCUACAUGCCAAGAUGGAGGCCGCCUCCAACAUGAUCAAGAGGGACAUUGUCUUUGCGGCCAGCCUCUACACCCAGUGA